AACUUGAUCUGCGCGUUGCGGCUACACGCAAGUGAACGCAACAGAGUAGAGAAAAAAAAAAGAAAUAGAACUGAAAACUGAUGCAUGAAAUAGAAUAAGAUUAACAUCGUGACAGAUAAAUCAGUUGAUACAAAUUGUCGUUUGAUGAUCGGGGAUUGGUGUAUUAUGCAUACAUCAGAGCUCUCGCACCACGUGAGACGAAUGUGAAAUGUCAGAACCGGCAUAAGCAGAAGCUGCGUCGAUCCUACUCGUGUUAUUAUGGAGAAAGCUGAGCAGCGUUAUGUGGCCUUCAUGAACAAGAAAAUUCCUUUAUAACAAUUUUUUUUUCUUUUAAUUCACUUAUUUUUAUGUGUUCUUUCGAUAUGGCCUGGCCAUGCAUCAGUCGGGUCUGCUGUCUAGCUCGGUUCUGGAACCAAUUCGACAAAUCUGAUUUAUCCGUACCUUUGACCAUACAGAACUACUCCGAAAUUACAGACCAAGACGUUCGGCUUACUAAACUCAUACCAACAGAGGAUCCUUCCGAUUACCGCGGACCGCCUGCUGACCAGGACUCGGGGACGAGGCGGUUGUGGAAGGGGAGGAAAGACACUAGUUUGAAAGCACGGGAGGAUCACCAGUCCUCGGGCGAAUCUUUUCAGAGCCUAACUCAGUACAAGCAGGAUUUCAAAGCCUGGCCCGUCACGAAGAGGGAACAUUUCCCAUGGAUCAGCAAUGGCGGCAAAAAAGACGGACUCUCCCUCCCUCAGUUACAAAGUCCCGGUAGUCGGUACUCGCAGCUCGGGUCGCAGAGAGCUGAGAAAGUGAAGCAGAAAGCUGGCGGGAGAGAAGAGCAGGAGGCUGGCAAGACGAGCUCGUACAGGCAUGAUUUCCAGCCAUGGACAGGUGUCAAACCAUCCAAAUCAUUUAAAAAGAAGUCUGCGAUUGUGGCACCUACUUCUGAUGGUCCAAAAGAGACCAGUUAUAGAAUGGCUUUUGGUGGAGAUGUGUUCAAACAAAUGAAGUUGCUGAAUGUGGAUGACAGUAAUGAACUGGGAAAUAAAUAUGAGCGUUCAGUGUGUCGCAGCAAGGAAGAAACUACGUUUCAGGGUAACUGGCAGGCGAAGAGCCGUGCGGAUUGCCUAACCUUUAAGGCAUAUAUGCGAAAGUGUGAGAAAAAGGAACGACCGCUUCCCACAACAGUAACUGGACCCUUGGUGAAGACCAACCAGACCACUAACUCCUCGGCUGUGUUUCAAAGCGGAUCACGCAUGUACAACAUAUAGGCACUAUAUGGAAUUGUAUUCAUGAUUGUAAAGACAGACCUUGAAUGCUGUAUGUUUACUAUAAACUUAAAAAAAAAAAUACUAUGCAAAAUGACAUGUUUAAAAAAAAAUAUCUUAAUGUAUCAACUUAAUUUACUUGUUUUGAAUUGUUUUAGAAUUAAAAAAAAAAAAUUCUGACUCUGAUGUACUUAACAGCAUUGAAAUGCAUGCAUUACAAUUAAAUGGGUUACUUUUUUAAUUUAUUUGAGUUCAACAACAGAACUUUAGAUUAUUACUUUGUGUGUGUGUGUGUGUGUGUGUUGGACAACAUUUUAUUAAGCUGCAUAUCGUAGUUAAAAUGUCCAACUUUUGUACAAGAAAAUGGUUAUAUUAAAAAGAACAAAUGCUUACAAGUUUAAGUAAAAAGGUUAGUUUCAAAGUAUUGCAACUUCAGGUCUCUUACAUUUUUAUGAAAAUAAACUCAAAUCCUGUUAAGAGCAAGAAUGCAGAUUAAUUUAAACCAAGGAAACACAAACAAUGUAAUUUUUACUUAUUUUAUCUCUUUGUGUUAAAUAGAAAGAAGUGAAAAAUAAAUGAAUUUCCUGUACA